AUGCAAAUUACUUAAACCCAGUUAUUGGAAUGGGUUAAGGAUGGAGAUAUAAAUACAUUAAAAAAGCAUUUUGAAUAAGAAUUGAAGUUUGCACAUAAAAAAUUAUUGGAAUUUUUUAGUAUGGUUGAUGAUUAGAGUAGGAGUGUAGUACAUUGGGCAGCUUACUUGGGAUAAUAUAAAUUGAUUAAGUGGUGGUGUAAAGUAUAUAAUCAGAUGAUUGAUCUGAAUAAGGGAGAUAUGCAUUCAUAUACUCCAUUGGAACUAGCGAGCAUCAAAGGGUAAUUAGAUCAGCUUUAUUUUAUUUAGAUAUUCUGGGGAAUACAAUCCAGAAAAAUAGGAGAAAACCAUAAGGUUGCUUGUUGAGAAUGGGGCAUCAAUACCUUGCUAAUGCAGUUAUAAACCGAAUCCAUUGCAUUGGGCUUUUUAUUAUGGUAAUAAGGAAUUAGUGGAUUACUUGAUCUAAUAAAAUUUCAAUUUGCAAUUAGAAACAGAGCAGUAAGGAAAUUUCCCCAUCGAUUAUUUGUUUUUAGAGAAUCGCCCCGAAGAAUAUAAGUAUUUUAAAAUAAAGUAUGAAUUAGGAAAGACGUUUGGGAUAUCUUUUAAAAUGUGGUGAUUGAAUAUGCUAAGGUGACUGCCUAAUAAGAAUUGAAGAGGAAAGUUAAAAAAAGAAAAUAAAGAAAAGCAACAACAAUUACAUCAUAAAUUCCGCUGAUGCAAAUUUUCUAAAAGGAAGACGAGGAAUCAUCACCAGAAUCAGAACCAUCAAGAUAUGGAAUACCAUGUUUAAAUAUCUCAAAUAUAAACAGAAGUUAUGCCUCGAAUUCAUUUCUCUCCAAAUACACGAAUGUAAAAAGUACUUAAAAAACACCUAACAGCCAAUAAGUCUUAUAAAGUCAAUAAGUUUUAAAAUAUUAACAAAGGACAGGAUGUUAACGAGUUUAAUAAAAAAAUUUGGAUGAUGUUGGCGACAUUCCUUUAUAUGAUGAUUCUCGUAUUGAAAUGAAAGAACCAGAGGAAGAAAAGAUACCUGAAAUCAAAGUGUUCAAUUCUAGGAAUACGAAUAAUAGUAAAAUAAUUACAGAAACCAAUCAGGAUGAAUUACUGUAAAUACAAUAAUACAAUUCCAAUAAUAAUUAACCUACUUUAGUGGAACCUACACUCAAGGUAUCUUAAUCAAGACGAGAAAAUCACAAACGUCAUAGGACCAAAACCACAUUGAUAUUUAAUGACGAUGUAGAAAAGGGAUCCAAGGAAAAAUUUUAAAUAUUUGAUAGUAAAGAAGAACUCACUACUCAUUAAAAAUAUGAAUGCAGACUUUAAUAUUGGUCAGCAAGACAAGGUAAUCAGGAUUUCUUCAUUUAUUUUCUAAAAAGAAAAUGCAAUCCAUUUCUCAAUGUUUAUUAAGGAUUUAACUGUUUACAUAUUGCAGCUUAUAAAGGCAAACUUAAAAUAUUAAAAGUAAUUUUAGAAAGUGACUACGAAUAUUAUGAUAGUUCAGGAAUGUUGAAUAAAAAUGCUAAAAAACCAAUCAAUACUAUCUAAUUUAAUAAAGUAAUGAAUUCUGAUCUAUUAGUCCAAGAAAGAAUGCAUCAAUAUUCUCACUGAUUAAAAUCCAUCAAAUGCUCUUCAUCUUGCUAUUGAAUAAGAAAAAUAUCGCUGCAUGAAAAUAUUAAUAUCCCAUGGGAUAUCAGUAGAUGCAGUUAAUAGUAGAUGUUUAAAACCAUUUGAAUUAACAUAUAAUUCUAAAUUUAUGGAAUUCUAUGAAGAGAAUAUCUAAGUAAAAUAAGAGAUCAAAAGUUUGACUGAGUUAGGAUAUUAAUACGUAAUUUAGACCAAGGGAACAUUAAGUGUGGAAUAAGACAUUGUUUUUUUACAAUUAUAAAAUAUUAGACAGACAUUUUUAGAGAGGGGGUGGAGUUUUGAAUUUUUGAUUUUCCAUGCUCCAAAUCUCGAUUAAUUGGAUUUAUACAAUGAGAAUUAGCAUCACAAGAAAGUUAAGCCAUUGUAUCACUACUACGUCUUGAAAAUACCUCCUGAUUCCAUUUACAGAUUGGCAGAUCUUUAUUAAAUAUCGUGUUAUAAUUUUCAAACAAAAGUAAAAAUUAAUUAGAUUAAUAAUUUAGUAUAUUUGUUAAUUUAAUUAUCAGAAGAGUAGGUUUUUUGAAUUUCCUAAAGACUUAUAGGUGUAAAUGUUGAUUUUGAAGACUCUGAAUGAUGAAUUCGACGUUGAAAAAUUCGUUUUGGAAUAAUUAAUUAUAUCUCAUUUUCCUUUAGAAGAUAAAUAAAAAUGCGAAAAGAUUACUUAAUUUUGGGAUGAGCAACAAAACAAUUGUAUUCGUGAUUCCUUAAGAUAUGAAACUCAACAAAUAGCUUUAAGACCAUUGCAUGCCAUCUCCUCUUACUUUGGUCCAGUAGUUGCUUGGUACAUAGCUUUGAAUGUAUAAAUCAUAGGCUGGUUGAUGAUCCCAUCCCUUUUUGGAGCAGCCUUAGGAAUUUAUAUCAUUAUAAUUCAAUAAGUAAAGUAACAAAUAUCAAUAUAUAAGUUCGUCAAUUGUACCAUUUUAUGCAUUGCUAAUGACUCUUUGGUCGACUUUGUUCAUGGAGAAGUGGAAGAAUAGAGAGUCAGAAUUGAAAUUUUGCUGGGACAUGCAUAAAUUCAAGUAGACUCAACCACAAAGAGUUAUGUAUACAGGAUAAUACAUCAUAAAUGAAGCAACCCAUACUGUUCAAAUCUAUGAUUAUUUUACAACCUUUAAAAGAAGAUUAAUAGCAGAAGGUCCUGUCAUUUUAAUAGGAAUUGCUAUUAUUGUUUUGAGUUUUUAUGCUUUUAACAUUUGGUUGGAGGAGUACUCAGAUAAUUAAGUUAUGUCCAUAGUUAUCAAUUCAUUGAAUGGUGUUUCUAUGACUGUGUUUUGUGAUUUAUACAAAAGACUAUGCAAAUCAUUGGUCACUUGGGAAAAUCAUAUGUACGAAUCAGAAUAGGAAUAUUCUUACAUUUUAAAAGUGUUUCUGUUUGAAUUUCUUAUCUCUUAUGUUUCAGUUGUGUAUGUGGCUAUCUUUGGAAAUGAUGCUAGUUCAUUAAGCGUGUCAGUCGCUAGCAUCAUCAUAACAAGAGGAGUAAUUUCAAAUGUCAAAAGUAAUCUACUACCUUUUGCCAUAUUCUAAUUUGAAAAGCGUUCUCUAACCAGAUUAUUUACUGAAUUCAAACAAUUAUUUGCAAAUAGAAUAAAAGAAAAAAAGAAUAUACCUAAAAUUUGUAACCAAAUAUUUUCAUCUGAAAAACUAUCUAAUGAUUAAUAGUUACUCUUCUUAUAAGAGCUCGAGAUAAGUAGAAUCAAGGGUCCAUAAAAAUUACUGUAUGAUGAAUAUACAAAUAUUGCCAUUCAAUUUGGGUACACUACUAUGUUUGCCCCAACUUUUCCUGCAGCUCCUUUAUUUUUCAUGAUCAAUUGCUAUAUCAAUUUAAGAUCAUCAAUAUAUAAUUACUAACACAUUUUAAAAAGAGAAAGAGCUUAGGCUGCUGAUUCUAUUGGAAUUUGGUUGUAAAUAUUUCAAAUCUUAAAUUAUUGUGCAACAUUCAUGAAUUGCAUCGUAAUUGGAACUGUAAAUAAGGAGUAAUUCAAAGGGAUUAUUGGAAAUUAGGACGCCUUAGUUAGUGCCUUUUUUUUGGCAGCCAUAGAACAUAUAUUACUCUUGAUUAAAUACAUUUUAGAUGUCUCAAUUCCUGAUUGCCCUUAUUGGGUAGAGAAGGAAUUAAGACGUUAUGCAUAUCUGGAAGAGAAAUAUUAGAAAAUUGGUUUGUGA